AUGGCGGUACUCCGAGAUGAUUGGUCAACACAUCUGUGCACCGUUUCAUUGCUAACCGUCAUCCGUUUGCUUCCUGUCAACACUUCCAAUCCGUUACGAUCUCGCACCCCAAUUCCCAGGCGGUCAACACUGGCCGAUCGGAUCGUGACGACGGUGCCUCCCGCGACGACCGUGCCUCCCGUGGAGGAGGGUUCCGUGCGGCUGGAAGACGGCGCAGGUCCGCUACAAGGGCGACUGGAAAUCUUUCACAACGGACAGUGGGGAACUGUUUGCAAAGAUGGUUUUGGCCAAGUGGAUGCAGCUGUUGUGUGCAGACAGCUUGGAUGGUAUGGUGGAUGGGUUAGCCUUGGCUUCGAAGGUGGGCCAAUUUGGAUGAGCCAAGUGGAUUGUUCUGGAGUUGAAACAGCCUUAAUCCAAUGUCCUUUUCCAGGCUGGGGCAUCCACAGCUGCCAGCAGUCUGACAGUGUUGGCGUUAUUUGCGUUCAGGCGACAACCACGACUACCACGACUGUGAUACAGCCCGGAAACAUGGAAAUCGGGCAAGUGGUGGUCCGCGCCAGGUGGCGCCGCUUUACCUUCACCCGACCCUUGAAAAGAGUCCCUGUGGUGGUGGUGGCCCCCAGGACUAGCGGUCGAGAAGCCGUCACGAUCCGUGUGAAGGAUGUCAGGACCACCGGUUUCUCUGCGAUCAUCGCCAAGCCGACCGGGAGCAAGGUGAGAUCAGGUCAGCGCAUGAGUGUGACAUUCUGGGCCGUUACUACUGGCAUAAAGGAAUUCGGCAAUGAUGGAUUGGUGCUGCAAGCUGAGCGCACAAACAUGCGAAACCUCAAAUUUGGCAAGAAAUGCAAACCCGAUGGACUCAAGCCCAGUGACUGGGGAAGAAUUGAAUUUGGGCAAGCCUUUCAAAAUCAGCUCAAUGAGCCUCCGGCGGGGCCUCCGGCUCUCUUGACCACCAUUCAGACGAUAAGGAAUGAGAAAGGCUUGCCAUCCAACUCGAAGCCGUGGUUGACAGUUGCUGUGAAAGAGGUACGGACAGAUCAUGCCAAGGUCGCCCUCCACAUGUCUGAGACGAGUCGCUACGGAAAGGUGACGAAGCGCGAACAAGUGGGCUGGAUUGCCGUCAAGCAAGGCAUUUACCCUGAUUUCUUCUUGUCCACAGGCCCAACGACGGUCGUGGCUCUGAAGUCCGCCCGUGUGGUGAGCGGCAUGGACAACCCUGGAAAUCCGGAACUCCCGCUGGGCACCACGCUCCAAGGUGGUAUUGCUCUGGCGCUCGUGAGCCAAUCGACCCGCCGGGGCGGAAAAGGAGAUGAUGGCGGAUGGGCUCGAGUGUUGGAAGCCACCAGGCAAUAUGUGAGCGUGGCGAUUGAUGAAGAUCAGACCUGCGACAAGGAGAGGAACCACGGGAGCGAAGAGGUGAGCUUGGUGGUCUUUGGUCGCGCUGGCAGGAACUGA